GGAGAGAGAAGACACAGAGGACUGAGGAGACACAGAAAAUCCUGCUGAAAGUCCAUAGAAGUUUCCUGAUGCAACAGGAGGGGGACACCUGAGGACACAGAAAAAAGAGACAGAGAUCAUGUGAAGUUGAUCAGCAUGUAGAAGCUUUUACUUUGGAAAUUCCUAUGAAGAUUCCAGGCUGCCUGUAGCCCCUUCCUGUGAAUAUUGAGCCUUUUUUGGGUGAAAUUACCUUUUAAAAAAGCCACUCUCAUCUUUUGAGACAGAUUCAGACGGAGAAGUGGAAUCAAGAGCAACAGUGGAAAUGGGUCAAACAAUGACGGAUGAGGAGUCGAUCACCCGCCUCACCCCUCCUCCCAUCUGACACACGCCAAACACUGAGCCUGUCUCAUCGCUAUAAAACCUCCUCACCUCCAUCACUGUCAGGGACGCAAACAUCCUGAAGUGUCUGUGUUUAUCUGACUGGCUGAGGUGGAUGCAGAUACUCUGAGGAGCUCGUGUCAGCGGAGAUGUUGGCAGGUGCGUUAGUUCUGGGCACCAUCCUCACAGCUAUACCAGGUACUCAGAGUGGGUGGAGUGUGUCGUUUUCCAGAAGAGUGAUCUGUGUGUGGGCAGGAACUACAGUCACUCUGCCCUGCCGUUAUGACUACCCCUCAGGUCACACUGUGAGGCGCGUUAUGUGGUUCCGUGUCUCUGUUGAGGGUCGCAGGGAGUUUGCUCACCACACCGACCCCAACCAGAUCAGCCCGUCUUACCGUGGGCGCACGCGCUACGCCGGGGGAAGUUAUUCCAGCUGCUCGGUUCAGAUUCGGGGUGUGAAGCUGGGCGAUGCGGGCCAGUAUCACUUCAGGUUUGAGACAGACCAGCCGCUGGGGAGAUGGACCUCACCUGACACCAUUACUCUGGAUGUCACAGACCUCCAGGUUCAGGUGCAUCCAGCGAGGCCAGGCAACAUGUUUGGAUUUGGAGAAACUGUCUUUGUAGGUUGCCAAGCCAGAGGAUGUGCUGCCCCAGGGAGAAGCCUGGCACUCUACAGGAACGGAUUGAACCUCGGCUCGAAUGAGAAAAAGAUGAUUAACCGCUUUGACCAGCAGCACGCAGGUUCAUACACCUGCCGACCAAUCCCACCGCAGAACGUCCAGUCACCAUCCGUCGCUCUGGCAAUGGGGCACAGUCCUCGCUCCACUUCCAUUGCAGCGUUUCCUGCGGGAGAGUUGUCAGAGGGGGGUUCAGUCACUCUGACCUGCAGCAGCGAUGCAGCCCCACCUGUUGAGAGCUUCGCAUGGUUUAAAGACAUGGAGAGCGGCAGCAUUCCAGACAGCUUCCGUCCUCAGCUCCACCUGUCCUACCUGAAGUACACAGACAGAGGAGAGUACUACUGCGUCGCUCGCAACUCACUGGGAACAGACCGCUCCGGAUCACUUCUUCUCAACGUCAGCUACUCUCCCAAAAACACACACGUGUGGACGAGUCCUCAGAGAGACAUCAGAGAGGGCUCGUCUGUAAACCUGAGCUGCAGCAGCCACGCCCAGCCUCCUCCCAGCAGGUAUGUUUGGUAUCGAAUCAUAGGUGACCAGGUGGUGCCUAAAGGUCACAAUCAGAACCUGACCUUUCCUUCUGUGGGGGCUCAACACGCGGGUCAGUACUACUGCAUAGCAUCAAACCGACUGGGUUCCCAAUCCUCUCUUGUCUCUUCACUAACAGUCCUCUAUCCCCCUAAGAACACCUCCAUUCUGGCUCGCCCUUCCAGUGUGGUGGACGCGGGCCGACCACUGACCCUGACCUGCAGCAGUCAGGCCUACCCAGCCGUGGACAACUUCACCUGGCACAGACUCGCUCUGGAUGGUGGCACUGUUCACUCAGCAUGGGUCACCAAGUCUGGGCCCGUCUUCACCUUCUCAGAGGUCGGACCUGGUGAGAGCGGUCAGUAUUACUGCGAGGCCAGGAACCGAAUCGGGUCCCACAGCUCUCCAGUCCUGACAGUCAGAGUCAGAGGUCGUUUAAAGGCGAUCGCCUUGGCUUCGGCGGUGGGCGUGUCUGCUGGUCUCAUCACGCUGACGGUGGCCGUCAUGAUCAGCAAGAACAUGCACAGAGUAGACACGGAGUCCGUAGACGAUGUAAACAAGCGUCCAGCGGCGACACCCGACACCCUGCGCCGUGAGCCGGCCGAACAAACCCUCCCCGUUCGAACAGGCAAGAUGUCCGACAUCCCGGAGGAGUCGGAGGAUUUAAGCGACACCUCCCACCCCUCCAUCGUUCCUCUGAUGGACGCUCCGCCAAUCAAAGAAGUUUCAGGCCGCAGCUCCGCCUCCAACUUCAUCACUGUGCACUACUCCAGGAUGUCCAGCCCGGAUCAGGUCCAGGUGCACAACAUGAGAGGAGAGAGGAAACCGAGGGAUUCUUCCAAAGUUGUUUACACUUUACUGCCCCAGCCGCGGCACUGAGCAGGAGGAAACGCCUCGUUAGAACACCUGGACCGGUCUGGUGUGGACCGGACUCUUUGCUUCCAUCACCUGGUGGCGCAGAGCACUUCCUGUAUCAGUGAAUGGUGUGACACCACUCCAGUUCAGGCAGCUGAGAACCUCUCUGUGAACCCGGCUCCUGAACUCUGCUGCAUGUUUUCUCCUCUUUUCUUUCAAUGCAUCCCGGAGUGGCAUGCUGUCCAGUGAGGUGAAAAUGCUUUAAAGUUCUUAACGGGUAAAGCACAAAUAUUAAAAAAAACACCUCACUCUG